AUGCCCCCAACGUCAUCCGGCCAGAUCACCGUAGAAAAAACUCCGAACUACUUCGUUCAUCGGCAGGUUCCUGCACGAAUUCAUCGCAUGUCCCCGAAGACGAAGCUGUUGCUCAUCGUGCGAGAUCCCUCUGUGACGAAGAAACGCAGCUCCAAACCGUUCGACAAGAUGGCAUGCAUCGACCAAAACUGUACAGUCAUAGACACCAGCUGGUCGGCCAUCAAAAUAGGACUUUACUCUAAGCACGUCAAACGGUGGUUACGGUACUUUCCCCUGCAGCAAAUACACAUAGUGUCAGGCGAGAGGCUGAUCACCGACCCGCUUGAGGAAAUACGACAGGUAGAACGUUUUCUGGAACUGCGUCCUUUCGUUCGGCAGGAUCACUUCUUCUACAACUCCUCCAAAGGCUUUCCGUGCAUCAUGAAACCGAACCAUUCCACUUACCAUUGCCUCGGCAAGAACAAGGGACGAACUCACCUUCCCGUCAGUGAAAUCACCAUGAACAGGCUCAAAGCGUUCUACGCACCGUUCAACAAAAGAUUUUACGACAUUGUCGGCAGAACGUUUGACUGGUGA